GUGACAGUAGCAAAUGAAAUUUCAAUUCGAAUUUAUCGGAAAAAUCAUAAUAUUGAGAAAAUGACUCCAACAUUACGUUGCCGCAGAUAUAAUAGUCAGAUAUCUUAUAUAAACUGUGUAAAACAAGAAAUUGAGAAACACUUCCAAGGAUUGCAGUUACUCACAAACGUACAAAUCAUAUCGCAUUUGAAGAAACUGAACAGCUUCAGUCGUAAUCGAAAUGCUGUUGAUGAAUUGAAACGCUCCUUAAAUUUGAUAUACAGUUACAAUAAAAAAUUGGAAAGGAUGUUAUCUCCUCUUUCUCAAGACUUGAAUCAGCUAACUUACAUAUCGGAGAAUCAAAAGGAAAUUUUGCCGUUAUUGAAGCCUCUGUUUGGUGAGAAUUCAGAUAACUUAUCGUCAUUCCCUUCUACGUUGCUUUCUAAUAAAAAUUUUAUUGAUAGUAGUGGCGGGAUACUAACUACUAACACAAAAACUUGUAGUGAUGUAGGCCAGCAGCCUUGUGUUAGAAAAGACGAGACCAAUACUAUCACAAUGAAUAGUCUAGAUAAUUCUAUCACGGAUAAUGAUAAUGUCUCUGAAGCAGACUCAGAUGCAACCAUGAUACCCAAUGACUCCAACAUGGAUACUUCACAAUGUUCCUCACUAAUUUUCAAUACUGGUAUGCUUUCGAAUGCCAAUUUUAUUACAACUAAUUCGGAAAAUAUUUGUGACGAUGUGAUAAUGGACAGUCAAAAUUCACCUAAGGAUAAGGACAUUGCAAAAGCAUUUUUAACACUACCUCGUGUUGAUCAACCUUCCAGUUGCAAGAAAGUGUUUAUAUUUGAUUCAUAUUCAAACGUGUGGAAAGAAACUGAACAUCAUAUGAGCGUCGACCCAUCUGAAUGUUUACAAAACGGUAUUGGUCCACAGAAGGAAUAUUUUCAAGACACCAAUACAGUAACACCGGAUAUUUUCCAAAAGUCGGAUGAAAAUGUAUUCAAAAAACCUUCAAAUGUCUCCAUAAAACGGAAAGUAUCUAAGUCUACGUUAAGAAAAAGUUAUUCAGAAAAUGGACAAAGGGGAACAAUUGAAGCCAGUUACAGCAGUGGUAACAACUUGUUGCUGACAGGCCGAAGUGGCCUUUCAGAGGAGCAAAAAGAAAUAAGUGAUACUUUUGGAUCAUUAGCUACUGGUCAAAACAUUGUAAAAACUCCCACGUUGUCUAACCAGUCACUGAUCAUCAAUGACACAUACAAAAAUCAGUGUGGAGGAAACUGCCAGUCUAAAACAAAAAAGGCAACAUCACAAGUUAAGUUGAACGAAGAUUCUGGUACCACACAGUACUAUACAGAAAAAGGCAUUAUUAGUGAUAGUUUUAAAGGCUCUUCGCACUCAAAGAAGUUGACAAAUACCCAUCAAAAUGUAUUGUACGAGCAAUACAAGCGAGAAGUCAAAAAUGGAAAUUUCAACAGUGAAUUGCUUAUCAAUGAGAAUCCACUACUUGCAAUCUCAACUAUGAAUAGCAAUACAGAUGUUGCCAUCGCACAAAAAACUUUAGUUUACAAAAAUUUAACGCCAAGCAAGAGACACACAGAAGAAAUAUUCAACAAUCUACCAGAUAUUAAUAACAAUGCUAGGUACUGUGAGCAGUCACAUAUAAAGAGUUUUAACAACGCACCUGGGAAGGAAAACAAGUCUUUUGAUGUAUCUGAAAAGAGCGGCCAAUUGCAAAAGUUUCGUCCAGAUUCAAAAAUUAUGAGUUGCAAUAAUGAGAUAGAUGAUCUGUCACGAACAUUCGGUGAAGUAUUGGUUCUAGGACAACGACAUAAUAAGAACAACAUUUUUAAAAAACUCCUGGGAGGAGUGGAAGAAGAGGAUAUGGGGUCUACUGAAGAUCCAAAAGUUACCUUGGAUCUGGCAAGAAAAUUAAGAGGUACAUUUACACUCCAAUAUAACCAAAUGGUCAGAAAGAUGAGUGAAGAUUUGGUAGAAGAUAAAAAUUCAUGGGAAGACAUCGAGGAAGCAAUGCGGCAACCUGAGCAAAUGUUAAUACAGGUUGAAAGUAUAUUGCCGCAAGUUAUCCAGGCGUCAUCGACGGAAAGAAGGCUCAACGCUGAAGCUGAAUUCAAAGAAUAUCUGCAGAACAACCCGCAUAACUUUGGUCCCGAAGAUUUGCUGGAAUUGGAUCCCUGUCGGAUAUUUUGCGACAAUGAAGCCAGAAUAGAGGAGAUAGCUUCGGUAUUCAGGCAGCAGCUAAGGGAAGAAGAACGUUCACAAUAUCCGGAUGUUGAGCUAGACAUAAAAGAAGAUUUUGACGAGAUUGUAGAGAUGCUUGCCUGGCGGAAAAUUGUUGAAGAUGUAAUACGUGUAGACUAACUUUUCAUUUUGACCUUAUCUGAGAACAAUUAAAAUUGUAAAUCAUCAUAGAAAAAGGCAUUUAGUUUCUUCUGAACGAUUCCAGCUGUCUGUUCUCUUCAAUAGGUAUUACUUAAUGAUAGGCCGUAAUCACAUAGGAGGAUUCCUGAACCAAAUUUAAAUAAAAAAGGCUGGUUCCGAAGUUUAAAAUAACAAUUUUAUCAACAUCUCAAAGAUCAUUGAGCCGAUUUCGUAGAAGUUUAGCAGUGUUGUUCAUUGCAAUAAGACGCUAAUUUAGCACUGAAUAAAUUCGAGUGGUGUGUCGGGGGACGUAUAAUAUUGACAAAAAAUAUGUUUUUUUUUUUUGGAUUUCGACUCUCGAUAUCCCUUCGUAUCUUACUUCAUUUCCGAGAAAAAAAA